AACGGAGAUAGAGAUGAACGCAUUCCAUAGCCGAGUAGCACCAGCCCAGAUAGAAUAGACUAUCAGCCCAUGAGCAAAACAAGCCCAAUCACUCCCAUUACCCCUUUCCUGCCGCUGCCGCCGCCGCCGCCGCCGCUGAAGGGCGCUCAUGGCGCGGUGGUCGUCUCCGAAGGACCCGGCUCUGGAGGCGGCCCUCCGCCGCAACCGGCGCUGGAUCGUGAACAACCAGAUCAAGCGCCUCCUCCUCCGCUUCCCGUCCCGCUCCGCCCCCGUCCGCCUCCUCCAGUCCCGCUUCAAGACGCUCGACCUCCUCGGCCGCGCCGCCAACUGGCUCCGCAAGUACCCCUCCUGCUUCGAGCUCUUCACCGGCGAAGGCCCGGCCGGGAGCGGCGGGGAACUCUGCUUCGGCUUCACCAAGCGGAUGGCGGAGCUCGUCGACGCCGAGGAGGCCGCCGUCACCGCGUCCGAGCCGGCCAUGGCCGACCGCCUCGCGCGCGUGCUCAUGCUCGCUCGCGGGCGCCGCCUCCCGGUCUCCAAGCUCGCCGCGCUGCGCGGCCCGCUCGGCCUCCCAGACGACUACCUCCUCCGCAUCCUCCCCGCCCACACCGAUCUCUUCCGCCUCGCCAACCCGUACCCUCACCGCCGCAAUGCCGCAGAGCUGGAGCUGCUCCGAUGGGUCCCUUCCCGCGCGGUCUCUGCCGUCGAGGCCGCAGCCUCGGCGAGCAACUCCCUCCCGCGGUUCACCUGCUCGUUGCCGUCCUCUUGGGCCAAGUCCCACGAGAAGAUGGAGGACUUCAACUCCACACCCUACAUUUCGCCCUACUCGGAGGACGGGGCGGUGCCUGGCACAGACGCAGAGGCUGAGAAGCGUGCGGUGGCUGUGGUUCACGAGCUUCUUUCGCUCACCUUGUGGAAGAAGAUUUCGGUUAUGAAGCUAGAGCACUUCAGAUGGGAGUUAGGGCUGCCAGAAGACACAGCUAGGAUGCUGCUCCGGCAUUCUUGCCUCUUCUAUGUGUCGAAUCGGUACAAGAUUCACACGGCGGUGCUCCGUGAGGGUUACGAGGGGUCUGAGCUGAGGGUGAAGGAUCCAGUGGUGGCAGCAAAGGAUAGACUCGGGGAACUGAUGCAGGAGGGUCUGCACGAAUUUAAUCAGCGGCGACGUGCUGUGAAUUUGGAGAAGAAGAGGAGGAAAGGUGAGGUUGAUGUGAAGAAGGAAGAAGAGGAGCUCGAAGAUGAGGCAGGGGCACUGUUGGAUAGUGCGGAGAAGAGGGAGGAAAGACGGAGGUUUUACAAGGUGUUGUUUGGUGAUGAUAACCGGUGAUUGGUGUAUGUAAGUCUGAUGCCCCUCUAUACUUGUUGAACGAAUGAUGAUAUCUUGAGAUACACUAAAGCAAUAAGAGUGACAUUGCUAUGAAGGGAUGACACAUCUAUCUGCACAUGGAAAUUGUUUGGGUUGUUGUCUCGCUUGCUGGUCAAAGAGAAUUGAUUCCCAAAAUCGGAGAACUGCAAGAAUACCGGCCAGCCAGGCAGUUUGAUCUUUUUGUAGAUUAUAGCAUGCCCCUUCAGGAUAAAAGCAAUCACUUAUGGAUUCUCCUAAAUGACUAAAUGGUGGAAUUCUGGUGUAAAAGGGGUCCUUAUCAAGGAAACCAAACAUAUGGAUGCAAUCAAGUAACAAUGUGUGUGAGAAAGAUCGACAGAUCUGCAGAACUUGCAAGUGAAAUGCCAAUGCAAACUGGUCUUAUAUCGUCAGAGAGAACAGAAAUCAUGAGCAGCAAAUGCUGCAUGCAAGCAUGUGCAAUUGACUAUCUACAAAAGUGAGCACUGCGAUUUUGGUGGAUCUUUGAGCACAGUUGGAGUUGUAGCCUUCUGCCGGAAUAUGUUUUGUAUAGCAAAUAUGAUCAUCCCCAGAAAUGGAACUUUGAUGAGAAUGAUUUUAGCAAGGAGAGAUACCUUUGGACAUGUUGAAGCCACGAUUUUCCAGCUGCUUGUACUCUUGGCAUAGUGCGCAACUCUCACAGCACAUGUGAACAAAGCAGUCCAUGCAGGGUGAUCCUUGGAAGUUGUACUGUGCCCACAUUGAGGAACGUUUGGUACAAGAAUACAACCAGUUGCAGCCUAUGGAUCCUAGCAAAACAUACAGGGUCCCAUGCAUGCAGCAUGCUGGAAACAAGGGGAGUUAGCCAACAAGAUGUAUGUUUUUAUGCUUGAUCCCAAGCGCAAAUUGUAAUUGAAGCACAUACAUCCUGAGCCUCUGUCCACAACCUCAGCAAUGCGACCAAAUGUAAUGCAGGGGCACCAACAAGUCAAGCAACCUGCAGCAUUAGCCACAAAAAUGAAGCAUCAGGAUUAAGACUCAGAGACCUUUGGCCAUGUUGAAGCCGCGAUUUUCCAGCUCCCUGUACUCUUGGCAUAGCGCGCAACUCGGGUAGUGGUGGACGUACCAGUCCAUGAAGGGCCAUUCUUGCAAGUUAUAUUGAGACAGCAUCGCCGAGCGUUUGGGAAAAGAAUACAACCAGUGACAGCAUAAGAGCGACAGACAAACAUACAGGGUCCCACUCAUGCAGCAUGCUGAAAACGAGGAGAGUCAGCCGAGAAGAUCGAUGAUUUUUAUGCUUCAAAUCAAGCACAAAUUCUAAGAGAAACACCUACAUGUAGAGCCUUUGCCUGCAAUCUCAGCAAUGCGGCCAAAGGUAACACAGGGGCACCAGCAAGUCAAGCAACCUUCAAUGUUAGGAAAUAGAAUGAUACACAGAUGAGUACUGCAAAGGGGGUAAAUAAUCUAGUCCCCCAGUACUUUGCAUGCUGCUUUACGAAACCCAUGUAUAAGAGGCGCAAGAAGAACAAAAAAAGGCUAGCUCUGCAUACAGAUGUCGAAAUCGUCAAGGCAGUCGAAAAGCCCAACUGACCACUCCGCAACCAUGGUAUUCGUUAGUUUGGUAGAUUGUGAAUUCGUAAUCUAUGGAGUUGGGAAUAGCGUGGUGUGCACCUGUGCCUUUGUGAGCAACCAAUGUUUAUAUACUAGUAGUAAUGGUGCAGUACUAGUUAGAAGAUAUGAAAAGGUCAAUUGAUUCAACCGACUCCAGUGCAGAAAUUUCUUUCUUGUUUUUAUCGGCUUUCUCUUGCAAUCUGCACCGGUUGUUGUUCGCUAAUGCUGUGUUUACAGGUUUGGCUUUGGAUUGGUCUUCCCAAGGACAGCGUGUUCAAUUGGCAUGUUCUGCUUUGGAUCAAUCUUUCGGAAAUCCUAUGCUGAAUCAGCAUAUGUCAGCACUUUGGAGCUUCCAGCUUUGGUGGUAAUUUCCAUGCCGUAUCGUCGUUUUCCUUAUGUAUGAAAUCAGCCUGAUAGUAAAAUACUGAUGAUAAUCACCAUGUCAAUCUCGGUCUAAAAUGGGGGAACCAUGCCUGGUGAUAAGCUUGUAAAAGUGUUGGUCGUAACUUCUCCCUGUCCAAGUCUACAGAUAGCUAAGUAAUUAACGAAUAUUGCGCAGUUAUUAUGUGGAGAUCCAAUAUCAUAUACUGUAAAGUCCCCUUGUGCCAGGGUUUGCUCUUAAAGUUUUGAGAUGAGGAAUUCGCUGAUCUGGCCCGAACUGAUUGGCUACAGGACUAGAGGGUACCAUGAAGUCAACGUACAAUGACUACACCAUGCAUGCAACAUGGUCCAUAUUCCGGUUUGAUUUCUUUUUGCCCUGUGGUUUAUAUCUUUCUUGGACAACGUUUCAUGUUUCAUGCGGCUGAACUACCUCUUGUGUGUUUUUUUUGCCAUCUCAAUUAUGAGCUUCUGUAUAUGUCCAACCUUUCUCGAAAUUUCUUGCUUGUUGUGUAGUUUUUUGUUAUCAUAUUUUUUCUUCAAUCAUCUUAAGCAUACAGGAUGCCCCAUCUUAGUAUUUAUUCCUCAUGCCAGUUCGGCAGUCAGUAUUGAGUCAAGAGAUUCAUAGCUUUACAGCUUGAGCACUGCAUUUUAGUUCACAGGCCACUAACUUCGUACAAUCUACAACCAUAUAAUGCUUGUCAAGUGACAGAUCACAUAAUGUAUUUUGCCUGCUGUGUUAGGACAUAAAUGGAAGUACGAAAACUGAAUCAAAACCACAGGGACUGAUAAAAGGAGAUUUAACAACUUGAUUGCCAAAUGGAGCAAGUCACUAGACCUGCCUUUAUUUCCCCUUUGGAUAUUGUAGAACAUCAUGAAAUGAAAAUUAACAGAGAACAGGAGAGCUAAGAGCAUCAUUUUAUGGACAUGUUCUAGAAACACAUCCCUUGCUUCCCAGGUGCUUUCAUGCCUUGCACACAUCCCACCAUCUUGUUGCUACCUUCCCAUCCUGCAAAUUUAAUGAUUUAGUCAUGAUUACUUUGCCUUUGUGAAACGCAUGAAUUUUCUUGACUAUGCAUUCUUUCAGUAAGACGCAGCGACCUUUGGCCAUGUUGAAGCCACGGUUUUCCAGCUCCUUGUACUCUUGGCAUAGCGCGCAACUCUCACAGAAGAAGUGGACACAGCAGUCCAUGCAGGGCGAUGCUGUCAAGUUGUAUUGCGACCGCAUCGCCGAGCGUUUGGUACAAGAAUACAACCAGUUGCAGCCUACGCAAGCCAGGCAAACAUACAGGGUCCCAUUCAUGCAGCAUGCUGAAAACAAGGAGACUCAGCCACAAAGAUGGAUGAUUUUUAUGCUUCAACCUAAGCACGAAUUCUAAGCGAAACACCUACAUGGGGAGCCUUUGUCCACAAUCCCUGCAAGACGACCAAAGGUAACACAGGGGCACCAGAAAGUCAAGCAACCUGCAAUGUUUGGAAAUGGAAUGGAACAUAGAUGAGUACUUUGCAAGUUUGCAUGCUGCUUAUGAAACCCAUGUACAAGGGGUGCAAGAAUAACAGAACAAAAGCCAGGUCUGCAUACAGGUGCGGAAAUCCCCAAAGCAGUCGAAAAGCCCAACUGACCACUCAGCAACCAUGGUGCUAGUAAGUUUGGUAGAUUGUGGAUCUGCGAUCGUUGGAGUAUGGGAAUAGCAGCGGUGUGCAGCUGUGCCCUUGUGAGCUUUGAUGCUACCGAUGUUUAUAUACUAGCAGUAACAGUGCAGUAUCAGGUAUGACAAAGUCAAUUGCUUCAGCAACCAAUUCCAGUGCAGAGUUUUUGUUUUUGUUUUAUGGGGUUUCUCUUGCAAUCUGCACCGAAUAUUGUGCGUUAGUGCCGUGUUUACUGGUUUUGCUUUGAAUUGGUCUUCUCAAGGAAACCGUGUUCAAUUGGCAUGUUCUGCUUUGGACCAAUCUUUCUGGAAAUCCCAUGCCCAAUCAGCAUAUGGCAGUAUUCUGGAGCUUCUAGUCUUGGUGGUAACUUUCAUGCCUUAUCGUCAUUUUCCUAUGUAGGAAAUCGGCUUGAUAGCAAGUAAUACUAAUGAUAAUCACCAUGUAACUCUCCGUUUAGAGUAGGGGAACCAUGCCUGGUGACAAGCUUGGUAAAGGUGCCAGUUAUAAAUCCAAGCCUUUAACCAAACACUUGCCAGUUAACAUAACGUAUACGUAGUUGUUUCUGCACAAAGGUGUGUCCUGCUUGAACUUUCUGGUUACGGCCAUGGUUUCGUUUUUCGUAUCGCCAACUAGAGCUAGAGUAUUCCCUGUUGGGGAUGAUGUUCAUGUGCUUCUUUUUAUCUUCUACUGAUAGGGUACCAUCUGCUUGUUGAAGCCGAAAGUUCUGUAACAGUUGAACCAAAUUUGGUAGAAACUGAAUAUUCAGAGUAGCAACCAGUCGGGUAAUGCCUCCUGACAACCUAAAGAAUUUCGACAAACGGAAUGUUUAACACUGUUCUGGGGGCUGCAGUCAGCGAGUUUUUCUUUGGAACUGUAGUGAGUGUCUUUUGGUUGCUUAUUACAUGAUGGUUGUCUCGGAUAAGGUUUCUGGUUUAGAGGGGAAACAGUUUGUUUCGGAUAGGUUGUGUUCAGCUGCAGCAAAACAUCAGGCCACGCUCGCUCUAUGCAAAUACCUCUCGGGCCUGGCCCAAGUAUUCGGUCAGUUCCGAAAGAGAAGUAUACCGCCCCCCCCCCCCCCCCCCCCCCAUACCUCUUCAAUUGGACAGAAACCCCCAAAGUCUCUGAGAACCGGGCAAUUCUCCACUGGGUUUUCGAGAGGAUUUCAGGUGGUUUGAUGAUGACUGGGCUUGCUGACUUAGCAAAAGUGAAAAGGGAUAUUUCACCUGAUCGCGCUGUCGCUGCCUUUCUUUCCUGAUUGCCUCUUCAUCUCUGCCUGCAUCCUCCUGGCCACCUCUGCCGUCGUCGUUGUCGCUGUGGCCCUCAUCUCCGCCGACACCAUGGCUGCAGGUACGUCGCCGACCCCUAUUUCCUGCUCCCCUUCUCAGGAAUGCACAUGAAUGGAAUGCACACUUAGUGAGACAGGGAACAAAAAAAAGAAAACAAGACUAGGAAGCUUUUGAUGCAUUUCAAGUACAAAAAACAUUUCAAGCAGAUGUAGCUAAGGUAUGGACCAUGCUUUCUAUUUGUAGCUAAAUUCAUAUUUGUCCUAUUGCCAUACUAAGAUGCAUUUUAGAAAUAUGAACUCAGCGCUAUGUGAAUGUUUAUUUGUAGGUUGCUCCUAUGGCUGCCAAUGACA